UGGAGAUACAGCAGCGGCUCCAGAUCAGGACUUUGGACAACGCAGCAGCGGACUGAACAAAAAGCAGACAACUUUCUCCACAGCAAAUGUGUAAAGCGAUGUUACAAAGGACCGGCCCCCAGCUGCUUUUCCUAAUAGCCCUGUGCAGUGUGUUAUACUCCCGGACUCUGAGUCUACCAUACACAUCCAUGAGACCAUCGAGACACGCAGACGGUCUGUUCACCAGCGGAUACAGCAAACUCCUCGGACAACUAUCAGCGAGGAGGUACCUGGAGUCUCUGAUCGGAAAGCGGGUCAGUGACGAGCUGAUGGAGGAGCCAGUGAAGCGCCACUCAGACGCCAUCUUUACAGACAACUACAGCCGCUUCCGCAAACAGAUGGCCGUCAAGAAGUACCUGAACUCAGUCUUAACAGGAAAGAGAAGCCUAGAAGAUCCUGGAACCAGCGACCCAGAGGAGACAAGGGAUGACCCCAACACCUUCCAGGAGAGCUACGAUGACAUCAACGUAGAUCACCUCCUAAACAACUUUCAUCUGCCACUUUGAGGAGGGACCCGUGCUCGAGUGAAUACCUCAAGUCAUCCUCAUGAAGCCACCCAUUCCAAAAACAACACAGUAUUAAUCCAAAGGACAUUUGAUGGUCAAAUCAGCCAAUGAUGAUGUGUUCUCUAAUGUGGUUAUCUAUCUAUUCAUCCACACAGUACAUGUUUACACUGUAUAUAUACAGUACAUAUACGACACUAUAUAGACUCUUCGGGCUGCACUGAGCAACAUGUGUGUCCACGUGCAGUUUGAUCAAUCAGCUUUUGGAAACAGAAACUGGAAACAAACAGAAGUAUCACAUUUACUUCCUUUCUAAGUUCACUGUUGUUCCAUUGACUUUCAAUGAAACCGUUUCUCUCCGAGUAAAAUUUGUCCCAUUAACUUUCAGUUACACAUUUGAGCCACUGAAUGUCAAUGGAACAGCAUAUUUUAAUAGUAUGCCUUUUGUUUCACUCGUUAAAGGAUACAUUGACUUUCAAAGUAGAAAGCUUUCAACUAAUCUUCAUUAAAACAGUAGCACCAUUGACUUUCAGUGAAGUCACUGACUUGCAGAAAUGUAAGUGAAGCAGACUGUACCAUUAACUUUAAUUGAAGCACGACUGUAUUUGCUUUUCAUAAGAAAAUUCUUGUAUAAAAUGGAAUUCAACAUUAAUUUGUCACAGUGUUUUUCAAUGUCAAACUUUCAAUGUGACCAUUUUUGCCCAAUAAUAUUUUAAUGAGAC